GUAUUAAAAAAAUAAUAAUUUAAACAAAACUUAAAAAAAAAAAAAAAAAAAAAACAAAUAACGAAAAAAAAAACCAAUCCCACGACGUAAGAACGCACAGCGCACGGCACACGACGACUACCUACGGAACGUACACGCAGACUUGAAAUGAGACGGGAAAAAUAAAUAAAUAAAUAAAUAAAAAAUAUACAUACGAUACGCUCUAUAGGUAAUAUACAUAAUGUAUACACCUAUACACGCGCGUACGCGAGCGCUCACUUAUGUUGUGCGGUGCACGCGCACGCACGCGCACAUGUGUGUUAUGACAUGUACCGUACGCGCGUGAACCACUGGUGCACAUAAGCUUUUAUCACUGGGCUGUUGUAAUUAAUGCGGACGACAGGUUGUGCACAUCGGACAAUCGAAAGUUUGCUCAACCCUUUCGUGAUAAGAACUCGUGCCCGGCGCCCACGUCCGGGCCACCAACCGUCGUCGUCGGGGCGCCAACGAUAUCUCUUCACCCCUCCGCAGCAUCAUCCUUAUCAUCGUCAUCUGUGGAACGUUACGCUCCGCCGGUGAUAAGAACGCUGUUCCGCCGUUUCCGUUCACUCCUGCGCCGAACCCAGCCGCGUAAUUCAACAUACGGACAAUCGCCUCCACCCUCCCUCAAAAACGUGUUGUAAUAACCGCGAAUUAAUACACGCGAUAUACUCCGCUUUACAGCACUUUAUUGACCCAAUCAUUUUGAAGGAGUGCAAUCACUCCACCGUCCCCAAAAUAACCUCCUGCCGCAGGCUUGGAGGAACUGAAACGUCCUGAGCCGCGGAGCUCGUAAUCCGUAACGGUUCCCGUGUCCGGCGAUCACCGCAGCAGCAGCAGCAGCGUCCAGUGCGCGGAACCACGGAGGUAUCGCGCGAAAUCGGUUAACGCCUCGCCUGAACCAUGCACUGUGCGGGCACCCGCGCCACAACCACCACCACCCGGAGCAGAGUGCACGGAUGAUAGGUGUUAUCUGUUCCGCGGUGAUACCACAGGUCCCCGCAUGACACGCCGUCCGCCAGGCAGAACUGUGAUUUUCGACGCGUUUUCCCGCCGUUUUUCCCAACCGUCGGUUCCUAAUGAUAGGCUGAUAACGUUGUUCUUCGAACGUACAAGUCGUCGCGCCGUGUUGACAUUGUUCUUUUACUGUGACAACAGUUCUCGUACGACCGAAGUGAAAAUAAGCGAAAGCUACAUUAUAUUGUUAUGCGUAUGGUCGCGUUUCGUUGCACCGCCGUUUAAAACAACACCAUUCGAUCCGUGUCGUAACGGCACGGUGCCGUCGAGUAGGAUGAACGGUUUCGGACAUGACAACCCCGGCCAGAGCAUAUUUCAGGGCUCAGACUUGGCCAACAUUCAAGUGAACAAUGACUCUCAAGACGACAACGAGGACCAUUUGGACAUUCUAAGGCUGGACCAAGAGCUUAAACUUGAAUUGGACGAAGUAUUCAAUGAAAGUGGAGCAAACAUGAGUGUUAUUAGUUCAAGUCAUUGUAGUGAUGCUUCUGAAGAUGAGCUUGAAAGUAAUUUAAGUCACUCGCGGUCUACUCACAAAUUAAAGAGAAAAAAAGCACCAGUACUUUCUAAUCCGGCAUUUGAACAUUUACAGCAUUAUGUAAACACUAACUUUCAACCUGAUUUUCAUACAGAUGGUUCAUAUCCUUCCCCAAUACCACAGUAUAAUUCUCAACUCAAAAAUGAUAAACUUGUUACUUCCAAUGAUGUUAUAGAAAAUGUUAGCAAACAAUAUAUUUAUGAAGGAAUAUCAAAUGAAACAAAUUAUGAAACUUUGCAAGUUCUCUAUGAAGUGAAAACUAAAGAAGUAAAAAGAUUGGAAAAAGAAUUGUUUGAAUUAAAAACACAAUCAGAAGCAAAUAUUGACAAUUUUCGUAAACAAUUAUUAAUGAGUGAAUCUGAAGGUCAAAGAAGAGUCAUGGAGUAUCAACGUCAAUGUGAGAAUUUAAAAAAACAUAAUGAACAUUUGGAAAAAGAAAAUUUAAAGUUGAAGGAGAAAGCAGAAACUGCUGAAGCAUCCAAUUUUAAGUUAACCAAAGAACUAGAAAAAAUUCGCAUUAAUAUGAUAAACCUUGAAGAACAGCUUACUAAUCUCUCACGUAAUAAUGGAUCUAAACAAUAUGACACAAAUGUUGACUUUAUCAUGAAUGAUUUAAAAAAGAAACAUAAUCAAGAAGUAAAUAAUUUACAGGACCAAUACAAAAGUAUCUUAGAACAAAUUAAAUCCAAAGAUCAUCAUUGUGCAUUAUUAACUAAUGAAUUAAGAAAAUUACAACAAGAACAUCAUAAUACUAUAGUGGAAAAUAAUAAUAUUAUUAGUAACUUAACUAAAGAAUUAAGUAUGGCACAAAAAAAAAGACUAUCAAAUUCCAAUAAUUCUGAUGAAAUUUUAAUCUUAAACAAUCAGCUUAUGGAAUGUUCUAAACAAAAUCAUGAUUUAAAUAGUACAUUGAAGAAGUUAACAGCUGAAAAUGAGAAACUUCGUGCUAAUUUAAGUUCUUCAAAUGUAAGCAAUGACAAAAAUAUUGUAAAUGAUGUAAGUAAAUUAGAAGAAGAUUAUCAAAAGAGUAUAGAAUUGUUACAAAAACAAAGAGAUGAUGUAAAACAAUUAACAGAAAUUCUAAGUAAGAAAGAUAGAAGUAUUGCUGAAAUGGAAAAAAAAGAAGUAACAUAUCAACAUUGUAUGCGCAAAAUACAGCAAGAAUUGGAAAAAUAUUCACAUGAUAAAAGUAAUGGUGAUAGUUCUAAUCAUGAUUGUGAAACACUUCGUAAUGCUCUUGAAAUGCAACUUGAAGAUACUAUGUGUAAGCUUAUUCGAACUGAAGAAGAUAUGUCUUCAUCUGCAAAUCAAACUAUGGAAAAAGAUAAGUUGAUCAGCAAUAGUUCAAUUGAAGAAUACAUGCAUUAUCAUAAGUCUUCAUUGGAAAAUGUUACAAAACAGAAAAAUAAAGAAAUAGAACUACUCAAAGACCGAAUAGAACAUUAUAUUAAAGAAAUUGAUGAACUCAAACAACUCUAUGUUAGUGUAUGUUCAGAAAAAGAGCAUUGUUUACUUGAAAAAGAAAAAUUAGAAAAACGUUUUGAUGAAUUAUCUACCCAGUUUGAAACACUUGAUAAACAGUAUGGCUCUGUAGUAAAAGAAAAAGAAGAAUUAGCUAUAACUUUGAUUGGAAUAAAAAAAGAAUCAAUCUCUAAUCAAGAUCCUUUGCAAAAAGAAUUGUUAGAAAAAGAAAUAAUGGAUCUAAAAAAUGAAUUAAUGUUACAUAAACGUCAAAAAGAAAUGAUUGCUCAAUUGAAAAUUGAAUUGAACCAAUCUAAAGAAAGAGUAUUAUCCUUAGAAAAACGAUUACAAUUAGAAUGUGAUUCUAAAGUUGCUAUUUGUGUAGAUGAAUUAGAAAAUUUAAAAAAACAAUAUGACGUUAAGGUUGAAGAAUUAAAACAAGCAAAAAAUACAAUUUCCAAGUUAACCAAUACAGAUUCGCAGACAUCUACAAAAGUGAUAGAUGAAGAAAAGAUUUUAAAGGCAAAAUUAUCUGACUAUGAAAAUUCAGUGUCUAAUUUAGAAAGGAAGCAUAAACUAGCUAUAAACGAAAUAACAUUUAAGUAUAAAAAAGAAUUACAUGAAUUAGAGAUGCUUUAUAAUAAAAAAAUAAGUGAAGAAAAAGUUAUUUGUGCAAAAAUGAUUGAAGAGCUUAAGAGCAAACAUGAGAUUGAAAUGGAGAAACUGAAUUCUGUGGCCAAACAAAACGCAGCACAUUAUGCUUCUCAAGAGUUAAUACAAAUUGAUGCUGAUUAUCAGCAGAAAUUUGAAAAAGCUAAUGAAAUUAUAACAUUAAAAAAUAACACUAUCAAAGAACUUGAAAUGAAAUUAGAAAAUGUUCAAAUGCAGGUGUCAAUGAAAAACAACCAACUACAACAAUUGAAAGAAAUGCAUGCUAGUUCUAUAGAUGUGGAUAUAUUGAAAAAGCAAAUUGAAGAGGAGAGGUCUAAAUUUGCCCAAAUAAUGACUAAUUGGGCCCAAGAAAUGCGUCAAAUGAAGGAUAAACUAAGUAUAAAGGUGUCAGAGUUAGAAAAGUUGCAGGCUAAGUAUACAAAAGUUAAACAUGCUGCAUUGGGAUAUAAACAUGCCAACCAAAAACAACAAAUUGUUUAUAAUGAACAGUUGGUGAAUUGUAUUCGUUUCUUAGAUCAACUUAAUACCAAAACUGAUCAACUAUUAACAUCCAGAGAAAAUGAAAUUCAAUUAGCACUUAAGGAAUUUGAAAAUGAUUGUAAACAGAGACGCCUAGCAUUUAAUAAUGUUAACAAAUUAUCUAGUUUCAACUCUAAUUGAGUUUCUGUUAAAACAUGAAUUUUUUUUCUGUGUACCUUAUUGUGAUUUUUUUUUGAAUACUAU